CCUUUUACCAUAAAUAGUAAACUGCUGUCGUGUUCUCGUGAUUAUGUUAAAACUAAGAGGUGGCUACUGGACAGCGCUCAUGUUCAUUUAAUCAGUUCGGAAUUACAAUUCUCGUUUCCAUAGUAUUUGAGAUGCCAGCCUGCUUAUAGCUAAAUAAUAAUUUAAAUUUAGUGCGUGGGAGUUCAAGCAAUUUGUUACGCCUACAAAUGUCAUCAUCUGUCAGUUUUAAAAAAUAGUACAAAUGCCUGGUGUAACUAUGUCAUUCAGCAAUAUGUCAUGUUCCCGAUGUGGAGAUGGUUUUGAUCCACAUGACAAGAUAGUUAAUUCACAAGGCGAAUUGUGGCAUCCUCAAUGUUUUGUUUGUUCUCAAUGUUUUCGACCAUUUCCCGAUGGUUUAUUUUAUGAAUUUGAAGGUCGUAAAUACUGUGAACAUGAUUUCCAAGUGUUAUUCGCCCCUUGUUGUGGUAAAUGUGGUGAAUUUGUUAUUGGACGAGUUAUCAAAGCAAUGUCAGCUGCUUGGCAUCCAGCCUGUUUUUGUUGUGCUGUUUGUCACAAGCAGUUAGCUGAUCGAGGAUUUGUUCGUAAUCGUAACCGUGCAUUAUGUCAUGAAUGUAAUGCUGCAGAUAAAGCUGUUUUAUCAGGCAAACAUGUAUGCUUCAAGUGCCAUGGAAUAAUUGAUGAAAAACCAUUAAGAUUUAGAGGUGAAGUCUAUCAUGGUUACCAUUUUAACUGUAUGUCUUGUGGAGUGGAAUUAAAUUCUGAUGCUCGAGAAUUAAAACAUAGAUCAGGGUAUACUGCCAAUGAGAUGAAUGAAUUGUAUUGUCUGCGAUGUCAUGAUAAAAUGGGUGUACCAAUAUGUGGAGCUUGUCGGCGACCAAUUGAAGAAAGAGUGGUAACUGCAUUAGGAAAACAUUGGCAUGUAGAACAUUUUGUAUGUGCCAAGUGUGAAAAACCAUUUUUAGGUCAUCGACACUAUGAGCGUAAAGGUCUUGCAUAUUGUGAAACCCAUUACCAUCAAUUAUUUGGAAAUUUAUGUUUCGUUUGCAAUCAAGUUAUUGCAGGAGAUGUUUUUACUGCUUUAAACAAAGCAUGGUGUGUACAUCACUUUGCUUGUUCAUUUUGCGAUCAAAAAAUGACUCAAAAAACCAAAUUUUAUGAAUGUGACUUAAAACCCGCAUGUAAAAGAUGUUACGAUAAAUUCCCUUCAGAAUUCCGACGAAGAUUACGCAAAGCAUAUGAUAACACACCAAAAAAAUCGACAUCAGCUUAAAUCAUCCCAUAUUUUAGUAGUCUUAUUAAUAUUUUUAUUAAAAUAGCUUACAAAUUAACACUUCUAAUAACAAUCAUAAUUAUUAUAUAUGCUACUUUUUGAUGUUUAAAUUAUACUUAUAAAUAAUAAAAUAAUAUUUAGUUUUGUUAGUUUCAAAUAGCUAAUAUAUUUUUCUAGGAUUAUCAA